UAGUGACAUGGCCUCACUGCUAUUGCUGGUCUACCUACUGCCACCACCUCCAAGUGGAAAGAAGGGAGCUGUAAAGAUCAGUACCCGGGAAGCUGUGGACCAUGUAGUCAAAUUUCAUAAGUCAUGUCGCAGCCUUCAGGAGCACUCUGGUCCAAACCAGCGGAGGCAGCCCUACAUCCUGGCAGUUGAGACGACAAGAAAGCACAUCCACGAGUUCUACAUUGCAUUGGAUGGUGAUCUCCUUCCCUGCAAGGGCAAGUCUUCCCUGUCAGCCUUUGAUGAACUUUUCAAAGCACAUUAUGUUUUCGGCAUCUCCUAUGACCAGGCCUUAAAUGGCAUGUACACAUUUGUGCUGACCACCAUCUACAACAUUGAUGUAGGUCAUUCUCACGAAACUCCCAGAGUCAAGGACCUAAGAGCUAAGCUCCUCAACUAAAGAGUUAUGAUGUUCAGAUGCUUUGUUUGCAAGUCUAGUUUUGUUACCGUUCAAAUGUUGAUCCGUCAUCUCAAAGUUUUCCAUGCCUUUUAUCCUGGUAAGAAGUUUCAGUUGAUGUGUGACCAGACUGGAUGCCACCAGAGAUUUUGGACUUUUUCAGGCUUUAGAAAACAUCUCCAUAACAAACAUAGCGCUAAAAGUCUAGAUCAAUUUGAGAACGAACCCGUCAUAGUUGAGAACGAACCCGUCAUAGUUGAGAACGAACCCGUCAUAGUUGACGUAUCUGAUGAACCCGUAGUUAAUUUAAUUCCAGAGCAACCAGAGAAUUCUCAAAGCUGUAAUGAGACCAGGCAACAUACCCAAGAAAUGUGUGCAUCCCUUAUUGCAAAUCUCCAAGGCUGUGGUGUGGCUACUAAUGUCAUAACGACUGUUGUUGAAAAUAUGGAGGAACUUGUAGAGGAAUUGCAUUCAAACGUUAAAGAUGAUGUUGUAAAAUUACUCUCUAACGAUGAGGAGAUCAGAACAAAGUUUGACGAUUAUUUUGACAACCUUGAAAAUCCAUUUAGCAAACUGAACACUGAGGCAAAAAGGAAAAAACAUUUCAGUGAGAAAUGGGGUAUUGUAGAACCUGUUGAGGUAGCCCUAGGAGUGAGGUAUGACACUAGAAGGAAUCGAACUACUGGCACAUAUGAUCAAGUUCCCAUAACAGACAAAUUUGUUUAUAUUCCUCUAUUGCAAACUUUGAAGUUCAUAUUCACCAACCAAGAGAUCUGUGAUCAUUUUGUGCAGCCUUGUGAGAAAACUGGGUUUUACAAAGACUUCUGUGAUGGUAACUAUUUUAGAGAUCACCCCCUCUUCUCUGAAAAACCAAACUCUCUCCAAAUACAGAUAUUCUACGAUGAUUUUGAAAUGGCAAAUCCUCUCGGAUCCAAGCAUGGUAUCCAUAAGGUUGGAAGUAUAUACUUUGUUUUACGAAACCUAUCUCCAAAGAUAAACUCCGCUCUUAUGAAUAUUCAUCUUUUAGCCCUUUUUCAUACUGAGGAUGUGAAGAAGUAUGGAUUUGAUUUAAUCUUACAGCCCCUCGUACGUGAUCUGAAAGUCCUUGAGUGUACAGGAAUUGAAGUUCCUUUCUCUGAUGAACCAGUUUACGGAACAAUUGCACAAGUAACUGGAGACAAUUUGGGAUUGCACACAUUACUCGGGUAUGUUGAAUCAUUCAGUGCAAACAAUUUUUGUCAUUUUUGUCUAGUAGACAAACAGACCUCACAAACGGUUUUCAGGGAUGAUGAUCCAAGAAUAACAUUGCGUAAUAAAGCACUGCAUGAUCAGCAUUGCAAUGACCUCAUGGUAGAUCCUACACUGCCAUCCACAUUUGGAGUUAAGCGACAAUGUUUAUUCAAUGAUCUACAGUACUUUCAUGUUUCUGAAAAUUAUGCUGUUGACAUUAUGCAUGACAUAUUGGAAGGAGUGGGGCAAUUUGAGCUGAAGUUGCUGUUUGCUUACCUCUCAGACAACAAAAUCAUAUCCAAGACAGAUGUUUGUAACUGAAUAUACUCAUACAAUUAUGGCUUUGUUGAACGAAAAAAUCGUCCAACCAGAAUAAACUUGGAGCAGACUGGAAAUGGAAUUGGUCUCAAUGCCAUUCAAACUUUUUGCUUAAUCCGGAAUAUGCCCUUGAUCUUUGGAGAUGUUUUACGAGAAGGAAAUGCCCACUAUAGACUCUUGUUGCUUCUGUUGCAAAUUAUGAACAUUAUAUUUUCUCCAGUUGUUACUGAUGGAAUGACAGUAUGUCUUAAGCAUCUCAUUGUUGACCAUCACCAACUUUUCAAAGAGCUUUACCCACAUCGUAGAAUGAUCCCUAAACAUCACUUCAUGAUUCAUUACCCCAGAGUCAUUCGAAAAAUAGGUCCAAUUCUACAUGUUUGGUCAAUGAGAUUUGAAGCCAAACAUAGGUUUUUCAAGAACACAAUCAAAAAUUUCAAAAAUGUAACAAAGUCAUUGGCCCAAAAACAUCAGAUGGCUAUAGCAUACCAUUGGGAAUCAAUGCCAUUUAAAAGUAUUGACUGUGGGCCAGUAAAAACUGUUCAGCUCAUUGACUUGCCACAUGGUGAGAUGAUUGCAGAAGAACUGCAGGUUGACUUAGACUGUCAAGUUGAUCUGACUUCUUGGAUCACUUGUUUUGGAACUGAGUAUCGUCCAGGCCUUUUAGUUUGCACGGACAAAGAGGACGAUUUGCCUGUAUUUAGUCAGAUAAAAGACAUCAUUGCAUUUAAUCGAGAAUAUUUUCUUGUAACAGAGGACUUUCAGACACUUUGUUUUGCAGAGCAUUUUCAUUCCUUUCAUGUGACACAGGGAAAUGAUCAGAAUGUUUCCAUGCUUAAAGUUGAUAAAUUGCACUUCUUUAAGCCGUUUGAUCUGCAAACUACUUAUGGUUUUGAUAGAGAUUAUCAAUAUGUGGUUCCUGUACAUGUGUUUGUAUGAGUUUGUGGUUUUUGAACAUCCAUGAACUGUUAAAUAAAAC